UCAGCCAUGGCUUUCAGGCCCCUCUUGUUGAUAGUGGAUCCAGAGGUCGACCAAACUACAACAUCACCAGGGAACAGCUGACUUUUUUAAAAUCUUGUGGUUUCACCACAAAAGUAAUGGCUGAAGUUAUGAAUGUCUCAGUUGUGCAGCAAACUGUGGUUGGGAAUGACCUGAUUGGCCCAGAAUCUGUCCGAGCAUCUCUGCGAUCACAGGGGAUAAACAUACAGAGAAGGAGAGUUCGGGAUAGCAUGAUCAGAAUAAAUCCAAGCAGUGCUGCUUUCAGAGCACUAUCAAACAGACCACAACGCAGAUCCUACCAAGUUGCUGGCCCAAACUCAUUAUGGCAUUUGGAUGGUAACCAUAAAUUAAUAAGGUGGCGGAUUGUUAUCCAUGGGGCUGUGGAUGGUUUUAGUAGACUGAUUUUAUUUCUGCAAGCCUCAAACAACAACCGCAGUAGCACGGUUUUGAGUGCUUUCGUCAGAGCUAUUGCCCGCUAUGGCCCACCUUCAAGAGUCAGGACUGACAGAGGUGGGGAGAACAAUUCUGUUUGUGCUAUGAUGAACAUUUUCCGUGGACAUGACCGUGGAAGUGCACUUAGAGGCAGGAGCACACAUAACCAGAGAAUCGAAAGACUCUGGAGAGACCUUUGGCGAGGAAUGACCAAUGUGUACUACGAUUUAUUUCAUUUUCUGGAAAGUGAGGGCAUCAUCGAUGCUGACAAUGAAAUGCACAUUUGGGCUCUUCAUUAUGUGUAUCUGCCUAGAAUUAAUAGAGACCUGCAAGGCUUCAUAGGCACGUGGAAUCAUCAUGGGUUGAGGACCGAGCAUCACCUGACUCCCACGCAAAGUUUUGUGAGAGGUUACCUUCAACAGCAAAGACGACAGACAACAGCAAUGCAGGACAUGUUUGGAACUGCCCAAGGUAGACACAGCAGCACUACAACAGUUGUCCCACAAGAGGAAGCUCCUGCCACAUCAGACUUAGAGUCUGCCAGACGUACCGGUACAUCCACAUCUGGUACAAAUGAUCAGUUGCUGGAUUGGCCAGAAAGAGUAACUGUGCCACCUGUUGACUGUGCAGUGCCAGAAGAGUUGAUGGAUCAAAUAACCGCACAGUUUGAUCCAUUGGGAGGUGACAGGGCUGAUUAUGGCCUUCAUAUUCUUACAAGGU